GGCUUUAAAAAUAAAAGAAACUAAUGUUGCAACUGAAUAGAUCUAGCAGAGCAUUACAGGACCUACUACAGCCAAUAGGAGCAUACAACUCCAGACAUUCUGAGCACAUGAUCAAAAAUCUAUCCAAUCGCCAGCCUCAGCUCUCUAGCUGUGUUACUCAUUCACCAUUUUUAGGUCAAGAAAAGAAACAGCUACGAGAUGGGGCUCAUGUUGAUAAUGUGUUAAAAGAGGAAUUUUGGGGAUAAAUGUAAGUAAUUUUCUCUGUCACAUUCGUGGUUUGGGUAUGCAAAGCUAAAUGCGAAUCGUUAGGAUUUAGCCUACUGCAAAAGGUCAAAUUGGGGCUGCAAGGAAAUAUUGUUACUGAAAUGUUUGUGUGGUCGAUCAACAUCGAGCGAUGUAAAGUGUACGUGCGCUACAGGACUGCUUGUCAGGUGUUGGCUGCAAAAUAAACAUGUCUUAGCUUGUGGUUGUAGUUUGAACUUAAUGUAAGAAAACGUAUUGUGUGUGUGCUCAUGCCUGUCAAAAGAAACGAUGCAGUGGCAGAUGCAUUUGAUGACAGAUUUGUUUUAGUUAAUUGUGGAAUAUCCCAGCAUGCUUAUCCGGAGUGUGGCAUUGGAUUUGCCCUUAAAAGCUGGAAAAUGCACAAAUGAAUCGUCGCAGUGAGAGCAGACACAAGAAGGCAGGAGGUGUAGCUCCGAAGAGUGUUGCACCUUCUGCCAGGACAACAAGAAGUCGGAAGAGGAAUGCAACUGCAGAAUCUGUGGAAGAUAAAAAUGAUGAUGUCAGAAGCCCACUUUCUACCACAGAGUCUAAAAAGUCAGAGUCAAGUGUAAAUGAAACUGAAAGACUUGCAGAGCAUGUAAUGGAUACUGCAACUAAUUCUCAAGUCUCCGUUGAUGAGAGAAUUUCUCCACAAUCCCAUUUUGAUAAUAAAUCAUCUUCCAUUGAAUCCAGUGCAAAUCAAUCUGUUCAUGAUCAUAGAACUUCACCUUCACCUCCAAAAUUGGAAUGCAUUCAAACUGCUGUUGUUGUGUCUCAUUCUGUAGAACCACAGUUUCCAAAUUUAACUGACAAUACUUGUGUUAAAGAUGAAAACUUAACAUUAUUAGCAAAGAAGGUGCCAAAGAAACGCAAAUUUAACCUAUCAGAAAUGGAAGGUAUAAUGGCAAGUGAACCAAGUAAACCAUUUGAACCAUCUAGUGUUAUAACUAGAACAAUAAGCCAAACUUCAAGCAUGCAAGCAUCACCACCUCAACUACCAUUUUUGUCUCCAAAUGGAAUUGAUAUUGAUUUAAGAGACUGGAAAGGACAAAGAGUCCUUGCUAAAUUUAAUAUUAUUUAUUUACCAGGUGUGAUAAAAGAACUAAAGAAUGGCUGUGAUAUUGUCAUAUUAUUUGACAACCAAUCUACCAAGUGCAUACUUGAUGUUCUAGGUAAUGGGAAGUAUGAUGUGAUUAGUGAUCAUAGCCCUUCCCCAGGUCAAGUCAAAAUUGGUACUUCUGUGUGUGUUCGUGUAAAUCAGGAUGAAAAUGUUUUUGUGGUUGGAGAAGUUAUUUCUAUAAAUCUGAAGCCUGUUUUAUUCAAUGUUAAGUUAGAGCAUACAUCUGAAUAUGGGCUUGCUGGAACUACUGUUUGGGUUUCUAGAGCUAACAUCAGACUUCUUUUACCUCCCUGGUGGGAAGAGCUUGAUAUGGAUCCUCAACCAUCAUUGCCUUUUACGCCUAUUCCACCUCAACUCUCUGUUUCUUCUCAGAGCAGUUCACAACCAAUAGAGUCUAGUGAUAAUUUGACUUGGAGGACUCUAAAUACACCUGUUGAGCAUUCUACUACGCCAACAAGUGCAUUUACACAAGUAAUUACUAAUCAUCAAAAUUUUCCAGAUGUUUUAGUAGAACCAGAACUUUCAGGUGCAUUAGCACAACCACUGCGAAUUUCAGCUACUGGAUCAGAUUUAUAUUCUGCAUCUCCUUCACCCAGUAGAAUGCAAGUAAUGCCUGUAACUAAUGCAUAUGCUCCUGGUACUUCUGAGCAAUUGGUGCAUGAAGCUGUACUUAGUAAAAAAGAUUUGAGGAAUCCUCAUUUUGAUGAUGAAUCUUCAGAUGAUGAUCUGAAAAAAGAAAACAUCAAAUUUGAUCAAGAUUAUUUUACUUAUCCAUAUCAGAGACCUUCAACUUUAUCUCAAGGGAGUCUAACUCCACGAUCUCAGUCUCGUAAAAGUGAAACUGUUUUAAGUCGUGCUAGCACUGAUUCAUCAGAAUGCUUAGGUACUUCUCGUUCUCCUGCAAUGUUAAAUGCCAAAUAUAAAAAGGGAGAUAUAGUUUCUACACCAAAUGGUAUUCGCAAAAAGUUCAAUGGUAAACAGUGGAGAAGAUUAUGUUCUAAAGAAGGGUGUACAAAAGAAUCGCAAAGGAGAGGGUUUUGUUCUCGUCAUUUAUCUCUAAGAGGUAAGACGAUACGCCCACCAUCUUUAUCUUUUCCUGGUCGACGUAAAGGAACUUUCAAGGACUCUGCUACCGGUAGAGAGCUGGAGUGGGAAGAAUCAUCUCAUGAUAGUGAAUCAAAUCCUGUUUUUUCUGAAAGAGACAGGGUACAAGGACGCUUUGAUAGAGAUGAAACGGAAGCUGCCAAUAUGCUUGUGUCAUUAGGUAACUCCAGGUCAGCUACUCCAGCAUUUUCACCAAAUAAUACACCAAAUCCAAUUUCACCAAGAACUUUUCAGACUCCAAAUUCUCAUUUCACACCAAUUGGCCAUCCUCAAAGAUCUCCUACUGUAAAUCAACAGCCUGCACAAUGGACAAUUUCUCCACAAGAGUCCCGAACAUUGACUGGUGCCUCCGAAAUCAUAUCCAAUAAUUAUCCUUCAUCAGUCUCUAAUCCUGUAUAUCACCCAGGUGCCAUAAGAACAGAAGUCAUUCAACAUCCUGUCACUAUUCAAGAGCUCAAUGUUCAGCCUGAAACACGAGCUUCUGUGCUUCAUUUAAGUACAAAUCAGACUGACUCCUCUGUCAUUCAGGCUGCUAAUACUCGUCCUGUUUUAGUUAGGGACUCACAAUCUAAUAUUAUAGAAAAUCACAAACAAGAGGUAAUAAUGAAAGCUUCUAAAGAAGGUAUUGUAACAUUUUCUCAAGAUAAUGUUGCUGAAGUUAUGCAUAGCAUUGAAGAUACAACUUCUCAUAGACUACCCGAUUCUCAGACCGUUUUACUUUUUAAGAAAUUAGUUAGAAAUGAGCCCCAAUACAUGAAUGAAGAGCCUACUGUUAUUACUAGCAUGCCUUCCAAUAGUUAUAUUUCUAAUUACUUAGUAUCAAAUUCAGUACCAGAAGAUAAAUCUAUGGACUUUGAAUACAGUAAAUACCUAACAGAAAGCAUUGCUGAUAAAGAAAACAAAGUUGACCUCAGUGGAAAUCAGCCUCUUACUCCUAUUCAGUUAUUGCCAGUUAUGCCAAUUCCAAGUUCUCCUGAGAAAAAGGAUGUGUCUCCUGAUAAUGGAAAAAAUACUGCAGCUUGGAGUGAUGCAAGACCUAUUCCUGUCUUUCCUUGGCAUUCCCUUGUACCAUUUUUGACCACAAACUCUUCUGGUAAUUCCAAUGCUGAAUCGAAACCUCCAGCAGAUUCUGCUAUAAAAGAACCAGCUCCACCAGAACCUGAAGAAGGAGAUGAUGAUGUUUUUGUUACAAAUGACAAUAUUCCUAUGGAUAUCAUAGAUCCUGCUGACAAACGAAGAACACAGUCUUUAAGCGCUUUACCUAAAGAUGAAUUAAAAAGUCCAAAGAAGCCUGCAAAUAGAGAGAAAGACCAUAUAAGACGACCAAUGAAUGCCUUCAUGAUAUUCAGCAAACGCCAUCGAGCAUUGGUACACCAGCGGCAUCCAAACCAAGAUAAUCGAACAGUUAGUAAAAUUCUUGGAGAGUGGUGGUAUGCUUUGGAACCUGAAAGGAAAAAAAAGUAUCAUGAUUUGGCUUAUGAGGUGAAGGAAGCACAUUUUAAAGCAUACCCUAAUUGGAAAUGGUGUAGUCGUGAUAGGAAAAAAUCUAGUACAAGUUCAGCUCCUAAAGACAAUCAGAAACCUUCUACUACUGAUGAAACAUCUACACCAUUAGCUGAAAAAGUAUCCAUUUCUGAUGACCUGUUACUAAAUUUUAACACUGCUUCCACUUCCAAAAAAAUAAGUGAUAUAAAUAUGAAGAACUCAAAAAGUUCUAUUUUUGAGAAAAGACCACGAUCUCGUUCAUUAUCACAAUUGCCGGAUCCAUGGCAUGCAAAUUUGCUGACAAAAGAUGAUACAAAAGAUAAAUCAUCUCACGACAAAGAAAAUUCAAUGGGCUUAUUAUCAAGUGUGAUUGAAAGUUCUUCACAUUUUAAAGAUAAGUCUAAAAAAAGAGCAAAUGGGAAAGGUUUAAAUCCCGGCAAUCUGCGAAUUGAUUCUGAUACAAGUGACGAUGAAAGAAUGGUCAUUUGUGAAGAAGAAACAGCCUCUGUAAGUGAAAAGGCAUCCUUGAGUCAAGAAGAACCACCUAUUGAUUUGAAAUGUAAAGAAAAAGUUACAGAAAGUGAUACUGAAAGUCAGUCUGAUGAUGAAUCUCUUAUUGAAAAUAAAGCAUUUCCACAACAACGUUUUUCACCUGUUAUGAAGCAUUCUUCGUCUGUUGAAGUCACCCACCGUCCAAAACCGAUAAAAGCUCACCCAUGUACGACUUCUCAAGCUCCAUUUUCUAUUGGUUCUAAUAAUAGCAAUAACAGUAACCAUACACUUAACAGUUCAGGAAAUGGACAUUUUCACAGACCUUUACCCACCGCUUCUAACUUCCAACCCACUGGAGCUGUUUUUAAGGAUGUUCACUCACCCAAAGUACAUGCUUCUGAUGCAUUUACAGCAUUUUCUGCCGAGAAUUUGAAACCAUCAAUAAUUGUAACUUCGGAACAAGGAGUAAAUGAUAAGGUUUCAGAGACAUCAGAUAUGCCUUUACUGGUCCCUAAAAGUCCUACUGUGAAAGAAAGUGUGGUCAGUACUGAUGUUCAAUCUCAAGCUCUUCACAAUCAAACAUCAACCAUUCAUGACCAAGCUCCUGGAACAAGAGGUGGAGAAAGUGCCAAACCUCGAAUUCAAAAAACUGUGCAAAAAUUAUCUAGGGGCAGUGCAUUACCACCUCUGCUUACAAUCCCAUCGAUAAACUUAAAUCAAACGGCAAAUGCAAAUACUGUGCAAACAAAUUUUGUUAAAAGCAUAUCUCCUCAGACACCUAGUGUUUCUAGGCAUCUGCAGUCUUUGCAGAUUCCAAGUUCCUCCAUCUCAAUACAAAGUGAUAAAUCUAAGGUUCAGAUAUCACCAAUAUCUGCAUCCUUAAUUCAAACUUCUCAAGGUUUUCUUGUUUCAAAUGGAUCUUUGGCCAUUUUAAGUCCUCCAGUUUCAAAAAAUUCUGCUACUUCACCUCGGGUGUCUCCUGCUCUUACUUCUCCUGAGUAUCUAACAGCCACAUUGAAAAAUUUGGUCAUUCCUGCCUCCAAGCAGAAUGGUGCACCUUCUACGCCGCAAACUCCAUCCACUCCAGUGUCACAGAUGGCGUCCACGACAGUUUUGGCAAACCUUGUGCUAAAGACCAAUGCUCAGAUGCCAUCACAAGCUUUAUUAUCUAGUCCAACUUCUCCAGGGCAGUUCCAUCUCUCACCACAGCUGAUCUCCAGGUCUGGAACUCAAGUGCAAUAUCUAGUUCCUUCCCUUACCUUACAGUCGCCAAACAUGAAAAGUGUAAUGCAAAUGGCAGUUCCUGCUCAAGGUAGCAUUCAGCUUGGAACCCCCACUUCCCAUGCCAGUGGGGUUCCUCCUGGUUUAUCUGGUAGCAAUACAAAAUACAUUGCGAAUGGACAUGGAAACUCUUUGACAGUGAAUAAAGGCUCAAAUGCAUGUAUGCAAGGUGUAAUUGUAAAUAAGCCAACAUCUGGCCAUCCUGUUGUAACAUCCCAAGUUUUAACUAUAACUCCAGCAGUCAGUCCAGUGGUUGAGAAUUCUAGAUUACAUUUAACAAGUGUUGCACAAACUUACACAAUCACAACCCCACCGGCAUCUACACCAACACAGCGACUUAUUUUGCCAUCCACUAGACGUCAAGCAACAUCUCCAGCAUCCCCUGCUUUGGCUACACAUCCAGUUUCACUUAUUUCACCUGACUUAUCCCCUACUGUGCCAGGUACUCUAAUUCAGUUGCAGCAGUGCAUGGCUGUAACUCCACAAAAAGACCCAACAUCUUAUGUAACAAUGAACCAAGUUAAAGCACCUUCUGUGACAUUAGUAGCUUCGGCACCCUCAUCUAUAAAUUCCAGAACAUCAAUAAGUACAUCAAGAAGUCCCCAUAAUCGAAGUCAAUCACCACAAUUUUAUGCUGGAAUCAUGGACAUUAAAUCUGGUGCUCUGUCCACUACCCCUGUGAGCUUAACACCAAACAGCAAAGGUGAUCUUACAUUUUCUGCUCAUACAUUUCAUCCAAAGCCACAAAAAGUAAAAGCAACUGUUGCAAAUGUACCAUUAGCUACUUCUGUUGUGGAUUCAGAAGCGAAUUCCAAAGGUGACUCAAAAAUUGAUAAUGAUGCAAACUCUUCAGAUAAUACAAAACCCCAAAGGUCAUGCAAAGGGAAGCGUUACAAAGAAAUGGUUGCAGAAGGUGGAAUAAGGGCCAAGAAAAAACCUCCAAAAUUAGGCUUAAUCAGUGAGACCAAUCAGUCAAUUGAAUCUCAAAGUACUAAUGAAAAUAAUAAUGAAGUUGUUUCAAACUUGAAUGUACCUGCUGUGUCAGUUACUGUGACUUGUGAUGCUGCUGAUGCUGUGCCAGCUGCAACUGAUGACAUUCCCACUGAACCAGUUUCAGCUUCUUCCCCUCAAGUUUGUUUUGUUUUGGCCCCCACUCCAGCACAGCUGGGCCGUGCUCCUGGACAGUUGAAUCAGCGCAGAUCUUCUGAGUCUCAAGAAGCAACUUUAAAAACUGCUACGGAUGAAGACCAGCAUGAAGAAUUAGAAGAUGAAAAGCAAGCUGUUGCUGAAGGAUCUCAGCAAGAACCACUGAGUCCUAAAAAGCCAAAUCCUAAAAGAGCAGCUGAUGAUGGAAUGGAUAAGGUGCUGGAACAAGUUGAUUUUGAAGCUCGUUUUGCAUCAUUACCUCAGUUCAAUCCUGAAGAAUCCCCUUCUGCUGCAGCUGCAUCAUUGCCGAACUCUCCUCGAGCUUUUGUUAAUAGUUACAGAAAAAAAAGGCGUCUAUCAACUGCUCAAGAUCAAGAUGAUCCUGAAUCAGCAAAAAGCCCAUGUAAACCAAAGGCACAGUCAAGUAGUUCUGAAGCAGGAACUCCAAAAACACCCAAAAGUGCUGUCUUCGAAGGCAAUAAAUUCUUUGGGCCUAAUUUUAGCCUUGAAGACUUUGUGGAAGCUGAGUGUUCUAGUACUCAUUCUCCAAGAACUCCCAAAACUCCUAGUGACAGUGACAAAGGCAUGUCAUCUCAAAGACGGAUUUUGGAUACAAGGCGAAGUUUAGUAAUGCAAUUACUGAAAGAUGUUGGCUUAUUUCCGACUGCCCAAGCAACAGCACAGUUCCAACAUAUUCAUCAAGAAGCUUUUCCUACCAAAAAUACUCUUCAAUUGAAAAUAAGAGAAGUGCGUCAAAAAUUGAUGGCUCAGAAUGCUGGGACACCUCAACCUCCUACCACACCUACUGCAACCAGCAGUAGCAACAAUAGCAGUGCCAAUACUGCAUUAACUAGCACCCAUGCUGAUACUGUAGAAGGUUCUUCUAGUUCUAAUUCAUGGUCUCAGCAACAGUUUCUUGUUCCUGGACCCGUGGGAACAAACAGCAAGCUCCGUUCUGUUUCUACCACUGAUGGGAUAAAAAAUUCUUGUUAUAUUCCAGAGAAACACCAAGAAAAUAGAACUGAUGCAGCUGUGAGUUCUGCUGAACAGAGUUGACAAUCUACUUUCAUAAUCAUGAAACACAGCUUAUUCUGAGAAAAGUAAUUAUUGUUGUUGAAUGUCAGUGUAAACUAGUCAAAAACAAAAAUGAUCAGACAUAUUGUUGAAAUAAUAUUUAUUAAAAAUACAAUUUUGAUUUUUAUUAUACUCCCUAAUCACUUUUAUUAUAUUGGAUGAUUAGAUAUAAUUUUUUAUUUUAAUUUGAAAACUGCUUUAUAGAGAUCAUAAUAGAAUGAUCAAAUUUGGGGGGGGGAUACACGGCUAUUUUAAUAAUAAAUAUUGGUAAAAAUAUUUACUGAACUCUAUUUAAAAAAAAAAAAAACCCAUAGGAGCUGUGAAUGUCGUUAUAUAUUUUCUGAAUACUUACAAGUUCUUGUUACAUUUUUUGUAAUGAAAAUAUUUGUAAAAAUUAAGUUGCAAUUGUUUUAAAUACGUAAUUCCAAAUAUAAUUUUAACAAAAAAAAUUGACAUAUUUUAAAAAUAUCAAUAUGGACCGGAUUUAAAAAAGAAGUUAUAAUUCUUGGCUGGAAUUUAAAUAAGACAACUUUUGCAAGGUGAACUUUUUGCUUAUAGCAGCUGGGGGGGGGAUUUUAUUUUAUAUUAAGAUUCAAUUUUUAAUUCAAUGAUACAAUUGCAGUUGUUCAAUUACUAGAUGGCUGUUCAUAAGAUAUGUUUUAAAGGAAUUUAACCAUGCUAUUUAAAGUUAAGGCACAAUUUUUUAAACUUUGGGUCCAUAAUUUCAUUCUUUUGUGUAUAUGCUAUUAGCAUGUAAAUUUGUACAUUAUGUUAAGACUACGAUUUUAUGAAUUUUUGAAAUUGUUGUGAUGAUAUAAUGAGUUAUGUGUUAAGUGGAUGAAAAUUAUUACUUCCACCUUAAUAUAAUAUAUGAUCUGUAUUUAUCUAUUAGUUGAUUGUUAUAUUAUUAUUUAGACUUCGGAAAAUUUUAAAUGUUAUUAAAGACCAGCGGGAAAAAUGUUUGAUGUAAUUUAAUUCGUUUAUAUUCUAUGAAAGAUUUAUAGUGCAAUUUAUUUUGAUAAAGAAAACCUGAAGAUUUUUAAUUUUAAAACGCAUACACACACAUUGUAGGGAUUGAAAUGAUCAGUUCUUAUGUAUGAUUGAAGUAACAUAUUUUAAAAAAGAGAGUGAGGUUUUGAAGAGAAAUUUUCAUUAACUAGAAUUAAUUUUAUUGAAAAUGUUAAAUAAUUAUUUUAUUUACUUUUUAUAUUGCUUAAUGAUAUUAAUUUAUAUUGUUUUCAAUUUUACAUAUUGUAAUUAUAUGUUAAGUUUUUAUCAUGAUGUACAUUAUUAACAAUAGGUUUCUUGUUUCAAAUUAGAAGUUGAUGUAAAUAAAAGGCAUAAAUCUUGUGUAUAUGCAUAGAUAAUUUCUUAUUUAAUUGUUGGAGUUGGCUUUUAUGCAUUUUAUUAAAUGAUCUUGGGGAAAUUAAAAUGUAUUUUUUUUUCUUUUUUAAUCUUUAAAAUUUUAUUGUGAAAAGCUGAUAUGUAUGUAAGUAUGUAUGUGUGUGCAUGUGUUAAAAAAUGUAUUAGUCUUUUGUAAGCUGGAACAUAUUGUUUUAUUACUUUCUUUGAACUAUAGUUUCAUUAUAAUUGAUAUUUUUAUUAUUUUAUCAUUUUAAUAUGUGACAUCACUUAGAAAUUUGUUAAUUUUGUCAGUGCUAAUGGUUGAAGAAAAAUGAGAAUUCAUUUUUAAAUAAAUAACUAUUUUACACAGUUGCAUUGCAUUAGGUGUUGCAUAGCACAGCUGUUUACACCUGUAGAGACAACCUUGCUAUAUAGACAUACUGAUGUUGCUAAUUUGCUAAGCAACUUUAAAAACAAACUUAUGUAUAUAUUCACAUGUAAAUGAAUGUAUUCUUUAAGAAUACAAAGCAAUGACCUAAAUUUAGUGAUCGAAAAAAAAUAAAAGAGUGAGAAUAUGUAUUUAUGAUAGAAAUAUGAGAGACCUUUUUAAAUUGAACAUCUGGGCAGCUUGGACUUAAAUGCUCACUGCAGAUGUUCCCCCUCCCAAUUAUUAGGGAUUGGAUGUAAAAAUGUUUUAAUAUUGUAAAUAAAUGCUUAGUCAAUCGCAGAUGUACAAAACAAUGUAGAGAUGAAAAAUAUGUAGAUUUUAGUAUUUAUACUUUUAGUAUUAUGUAUGAUUGAAGUUUGUUUUUAGUUUGUUCAUGUGCUCAAUUUUGUUUUUAGUCAAAACGAGCAAAAUGGUAAUCUCAUACAGUGAAGUUAGUUCUCACUGGAACUUUGUGAUAAUUCUUUUUUUAUUCUGCUUUCAUUGAGUAUUCAACUUGUUUCCAUUAUUAAAAUAAAUUCAUUUAAAGAUUUUUUUUCAGUUUGGGGUAUUUUUGAAUGAUAAAUGUGCAACAAUUAGAUUUCCAAAGUAAAUGAAAUUAACUAUAUAUAUACUUUAUAAUGGAAAAGUGAUGAUUGAUAUUUUUAUAUGAAUUUCAUCUAGUUCUUGUUGAAAUGUAGUGUUCUGCAUUUUGUAAAUAUAUCACAUGUAUGUGGUCUCAUUCUUAAAAGCACUUUUUAUUGUUGUCAAAUGUGCUCCACUAUGUUAAACUGAUUGUAAAAUGUUUUGUUGAGAUGUCAUAACCCAAUAUAAAUAUAUUGCCCCAGAAAGCAGAAAUAAAAAAUAUACUUUACUGUU